AAAACAAAACACAUGCCCAUGAAAGAAAUUGACUGUUUUUUGUUGUUUUCCUGGUUGUUCAGUUAUUUGUCACUUUUCUAUAGUUUAGGUAAUGAAGAAUUUAUUAAAUUACUUCAAGAAGUCUCCAAAAUCUGUUCCUAACAGAGCUGUUUGUACCAACAAUGUCAAAGAUAACAGUACGACAUUGCAAUAUGUCGCUGGUGAAAUCGUAUGGGCAAAAUUUGAGGGAUUUCCAUAUUGGCCUGGCAUGAUAUGCGAGGACCCUAAUAGUAAGUCAUGCAAACAAGUAAAGGAAAAUGUGGCGAUGUUCCAUGUUCAAUUUUUUGGUGAGGAACCAACACAUGAAUGGGUUAUAAGAAGCAAAAUUGAAGCAUUUGAUACGAGACAACCUACAGACAAUGAUGGGGACAUGAAAAUUGCUUAUGAUCAAGCUGUAGAUGCCAGCAAGCAAUCAACCAAAGAAAGAAUUGAUAACUUCUAUGCAUGUGUAGUGUCUGAUGAUGACGAUACAAAAGAAAACAACAAUACCAGUAUGGAAAUUAAAAAUUCAAUCAAUGGAAAGUCAAAAAAGAGGACUAUAUCAGAUUCAACUUCAAAAUCACGAAAACGCAUCAAAAUGUCUAUAGAAUCAGAGAGUGAGGAUAUGGAAAGUGAAGACGAAGACAGUUCCUAUGAACCUGAUUCUGAUGAUGGAAAAAAUGAUGACGGGGAUUAUAAAUCAGAUGAGGUUGAAAGUGAAGUUGAAGAAGAUGACGAUGAUGUGGCAGAAGACGAAGAGGUUAAAUCAAAAAAGAGAAAAACCAGAAAGAGUGUUGGGACACCAACUUCCAUCAAAAAAAGAAAAGAAGACAACAAUAACAACAACAAUGUCAAAAGAAAAAGUGUUUCGUCAAAUAAUUCAUCAUUUUUAACACCUGUCAAGCCAAUAAAUUUAAACAAUUCCAUAUCAAAGGCUCAAUCAACAUUGGCUAAAUUUUCGUCACCCUCUGUUGCAUCAAGUCCUUCACAAAGUUUUGAAUGUACCGAACAACAGUUCACGCAUCUAUCGCUAAAAUUUUUAUGGGAUGGUCAUCGAAAGGAUAAAAAUGGUAACUUGCACACACAUUCAGAAUAUGAUUCACGGACAUUACAUGUACCAGACAGCUAUAUAAACUCAAAAGAAGUAACUCCUGGUAUGAAGCAGUGGUGGCAAAUAAAGAUUAACAACUAUGAUACCAUCUUGUUUUUUAAGGUUGGAAAGUUCUAUGAGCUAUAUCAUAUGGAUGCAACUGUUGGUGUUAAAGAACUUGGUCUUAUUUACAUGAGGGGAAAAUUUGCUCAUUGUGGAUUUCCAGAAAUUGCUUUUUCACGGUACUCAGAAGUUCUGAUCCAAAGAGGCUAUAAGGUUGCAAGAGUUGAGCAAACAGAGACACCGCAAUCACUCAGUGCAAGAGGGGGUGGCAAGGUUGUCCGAAGAGAAGUCUGUGCUGUCAUCAGUAAAGGCACAAGGACCUUCAGUUUCAUGGAAGGACAAUCUGACUCCGACGUGUCAUCAUAUCUUCUAGCUUUUAUAGAAAAGCCAUGCCAAGAUGUUUGUCUUGGUGGCAGUGUCUUUGGUGUGUGUUUCGUAGAUACGUCAAUUGGUAAAUUUCAUCUCGGCCAGUUUAAAGAUGAUCGUCAGUGUUCCAGAUUUUUAACAAUGAUAUCUCAAUUUCCUCCUGCACAGAUUCUUUAUGAAAGACACAAUCUUUCACCAAAAGUAAAACAUAUAUUGAAUCACGAACUACUUCCAGCAAUAAAGGACCCACUGACUCCAGGAACUGAAUUUUGGAAUGCAUCAAAAACAUUAAAACAUUUAUACGAAAAGAAUUAUUUCAACGAUGAGGACAAAGCAGCUUCAAUUGAAUGGCCACCACUUUUGAAACAGAUGUUGUCUAAUGCCGAUUCACUUGGAUUAGAAGCUUCUGAAGAUUACCAAUAUGCAAUUAGUUCUCUUGGUGCUUGUACUUGGUAUUUAAAGAAAUGCUGUAUUGAUCAGGAGCUGUUGUCAAUGUCACAGUUUGAGGAGUACGUUCCUGCAGAUAAUAUCACGAAAAGAAAAAUUGAUCAUUCAAUGCCACAAUAUAUGAUUUUGGAUGGAGUUACGCUAACAAAUCUCGACAUCGUUGUAAAUACUGAUGGAACAACUGAGGGUACCCUUUUGGAAUUGCUUGAUCACUGUGCAACACCUUUUGGAAAGAGAUAUUUUAUCCAAUGGCUUUGUUCACCUUCGUGCAGUAAGAAGUCAAUUGAAAGCAGAUUGGACGCGAUAGAGAAUUUAAUGACAAAUUCUUCUCUGAUGCAUGAAGUGAAAGAGAUAAUGAAAACGAUGCCUGAUCUAGAACGUAUUUUGAGAAGAAUUCACAGUCUUGGAUCAGUGAGACGCAGUCAAGACCAUCCAGAUAGUAGGGCAGUGUUUUAUAAUGAAGAAACAUAUAGUAAAAAGAAAAUAGGCGAUUUGAUAUCUGCAUUAGAUGGUUUUACGAAAGCUUCGCAAGUGGUUGAGAUUUUACAGGCUAAUUUAUCCUUGCUCAGCUCAACGUGGCUUAAAUCGCUCUUGAUAAAAGAUGAAAAUAAUACUGUUGGCAAAUAUCCAGAUAUGUCUUCCACUUUAAAGUUUUUUCAGCAUGCUUUUGAUCAUAAAAAGGCAAAAGAAACUGGAACCAUACAUCCUAAGAAAGGUGUCCAUCCUGCGUAUGAUUCCGCCAUGAAUGAAAUUAACUUGCUCAAGGAUAAGUUGGAUGAUUAUUUGAAACAACAACGAAAGAGGAUGGGAUGUUCAAGCAUAAAUUAUUGGGGAACAGGAAAGAACCGAUAUCAACUUGAAAUUCCUGAGUCAGCACUUCGCUCUUCCCCUCCGAAUGAUUACCAUUUAAAAUCUCAAAAGAAAGGAUUUAAGCGAUAUAGCUCUGAUAAAAUUGAUGAGUUGAAUGAACAAUUAACAGCCGCGGAGGAGAGUCGUGAUGCUGCGUUGAAAGACACAAUGCGGAACAUCUUCAAUCAAUUCGAUAAAGAGUAUUCGAAGUGGGAAACGGCUGUGCGAUGUUUGGCCACUUUGGACUGCUUGAUGUCGUUAGCUUGUUACAGCAACAAUAUUGACGGAGUUUCGUGCCGUCCGGAAAUUAUUGAUCCUAUUGAUGAAGAGGGGAAUGAAAUACAGCCAUUUUUUGAACUAUUGAAUUGUCGUCAUCCAUGCAUUAGUCAGAAGGCUUUGAAUGGUGGCGAUUUCAUACCGAACGAUAUUGUGUUGGGAAAACAGGCUGGAAGUAGCAGCACUUCACCAAGUUGUGUGUUGAUAACAGGUCCAAAUAUGGGCGGAAAAUCAACUUUAAUGCGCCAAGCGGGCGUUAUACUUAUCAUGGCGCAACUUGGUUGUCACGUACCAGCAGAGGUGUGCAGAUUCACUCCUGUGGAUAGAGUAUUCACAAGACUUGGUGCUAGGGACAGGAUUCUUCAUGGUGAAAGCACUUUCUUUGUGGAGCUGAGUGAAACAUCAACAAUAUUCCAACAUGCAACCAAGCAUUCUUUAGUAUUGCUGGACGAGCUUGGUCGCGGUACUGCGACGUACGAUGGCACCGCUAUCGCUUCCGCCGUCGUGCAUGACUUAGCCAACAGAAUCGGUUGUCGUACAUUAUUCUCUACUCAUUACCAUUCUUUGGUGGAAGAGUUUAGUCAAGAUGUCAACAUAAGUCUCGGACACAUGGCUUGUAUGGUAGAAAAGGAUGAGGAAGACGACGACCCUACGAACGAAACAAUCACCUUUCUUUAUAAAUUCACAUCUGGAGCGUGUCCAAAAAGUUAUGGUUUCAAUGCUGCUAAGCUUGCUGGCUUGCCCCUAUCUAUAAUAAAAUCUGCACACGCGAAAGCAGCCUUGUUCGAAACUUCGACAAAAAACAGUCGUUUAUUGAGGUCUGUGCUCAAUUCGUCUGCUGAACAGUUGAGAGGUCGUCUGCAACAAGUAAUCUGACUUCACAUGACGUGCAUUGUUUAACUAAGCGCAGAGGCCUUUAUGUGAGGAAUCUUGGAGGCGUAUUACAUCCGACAGUGAUGCAAAGAUUAAAGAAACACUUGUACAUAGGAAGAACUGGCUGCUUUAACUUGCAGUAGACCAUUGAAAUAAGCAUGUAUAUACAGAAGAAGAAUUUCUUAAAGUUUUGUUAUGUUGUAUAAAGAGAAAGGUUUUAUACACGAGUGGGAGAUUUUCUCUACCCGACUUGAGGUUUA